AUGCGUCCAACGUGUGUUGGAGGAGUUGCAGUUGCACACUCGCCUCGCAUGUCACAUAUCUGGGGUUCGAACCCCGACACGGCCAUUGGAUAUGCACUGCUGAUGAGCUCUACUAAGAGCGAAACUCGAGUUCGAGCCCCCCUUUGGUGUGGACUCACCGGAAUAAUUACGCCAGAACAGGAGGACGACCGUUCAAACGAGAGUGGUGUGACUAUGAACAAUAGAAUACUAUCGAGAGCAACGAAGACUAUAGCACCCUUUCGGUGCCUAGCUGCCAUGCCACAAGAAGGAGUCACCAGGGCUGGGAUACUGCCAGGUUGCUCAAGCCUAGAUAAGGGAAGUCAAGAAGCAGAGGUCGGCUUCGAACCACGGACCUUCCUAUCAGAUCGCCAAUGGCAAUUAAAAGCUGCACGGGAUAGAAGAAUCAUGCUGGUUCAUAAACUGAUUAUCCUUGAAUGCAAAUGGGACAAUCAACGGUGUUUUGUGACGCUUGUACUUCAAAAACGGACAAUCAAACCUGCAACUGAAUGUGCUGCACAAGGCCGCCUCAUGUUUCAGCUGCUACGAAAUGCAAGAUAUCGUGAUACGUGUAUAGACGUGAUGCACUACUGA